CGACGCGGUCUCGACUCGGAAGUACGCUCGGUAGUAAACGAGUACGCGCGCGCCAAGUGACACGAGGAUCGAGUGUUUCGCGACACCCUUUCCCACGUCCUUUUCUGCGCCAACACUUACACACGAACACGUACACGCACACGAAACACACACUAAAAAUAACACUAAACCGAGUCGCGUUCGAGUGUACAUCUCUUCGUUCGUGUUAACGUGUUUCGUGUUUUUCCGCGCGUGUGUUUCGGAAAAGAGGGACCCUCAAUCGAGGGUCAAACUUGUAGCAAACAGGUUUACAAGUUGAAUCAGCUUCUGGAUAACGAUCCAGAGAUGAUCUCGAUCGUCUGUGACGCGCACGUGUGAUCCAUCCAGAGAAUCGCGAUCCUCUUCCACCGAUUAUAAUAUAUAAUAGAAUAGGAUAGGAUAGAUAAAAAUGUUUCCGUCGAAAUCGGUGUGUGCGUGAGUCAUUUUUUUCUCGGCAAAUUUUUACCAGAAGUGUGAAAAAGUUGAUCGUUGAACUGACGGAAAAGGAUAACGAAGUGUGAACCGGCGCGGCGUUUCCGGUCUGGAUACGACGAGCGUUGGCGCGGUUUGGAUCGUAUCGAAGGUGGAGGAAACGGGGCACGAUGAGACGGACGACGAGAGGAUGUCGCGCGGACGCCGCGGGAUUCAUCGUCGUCGUCGUCGUUCGACACCUUCAUCUCGAUCGUUGGCCCUCGAAAGUUUCCAAGAGGAUCGUUUUACGAACACGCUGAAAGAUAGAGGACCCAUGUUGUACCAUGAUCUGAUGGGUAGAGUCAUGUCACGUGUCGUCGGGACGCUGCUGGCGCGAUCGACGCUGUUCGCGAGUGUUGCGGCAGCGAUCGUCGUGUUGUCGUGUUGCUGCAGGUGCACUCGAGCCAGCGAGUUCCCUGAAAGGGAAUGCUGCGAUCUCAUAUUCCCGAUUCCGGAACCAACUGGCAGAUCAACGUCCGCUCCGACGCCUACCGGAAGAAGCGGAUCCGACAUCAAAGAAGCAGUUGCCAUACUGAAUUGUCUGUACGCUCGUCAAUUGUGCUUCGAGGAUCCAUCCUGUAGCGCCAUCCUGGAGAUCAUACCAAGGCUCUGCGGCCCGGAGAUAGUGGCUUGCUCGACGGUGACAGUGACAAAGUGUCAAGCGGCCCUGCACACUCUGCAAGCUUUCACUUUCUUCCGACCCACGUGCCUCUGCAGGGAACGCCACGUAGAUCAGGAAUGUAACAGCUUCCAGACCUUCCUCUUCGAUCACCCUUGCAUCGAUGUCUUGAACAAGGAUAAGGACCCGUAUUCCAUCGACGCUCUGCCUACAUGCAAUCAUGCGCUGAACGUCUGUUUACGAGACAAACCGUGCAGCCAGAUUUUCGACGACUUCAAAAGUAACUGCAAAUCGCGAGAGGGCAAGUGCAGGAUGGAGAGCCGGAGUGCUUGCCACGAUUCCUGGACCCAACUACGACUGUCGCCAAUGUUCGGUUGUAUAUGUCCAAACAUUCGCAUGAAGAGACGUUGCGACAAGAUCUUCUCCACGGUGAAUCACAAUCCGUGCGUUGAGUUCCUGCCCUCCUCUACCUCCGUUGACCUGUCGGGCACGGACUCGGCCCUGUAUCCGUUCGACCCGCAGCAGGAGAGCUACCAGGAGAUCUGGUUACCGGCCACCAGUAUGUACCCCUAUUUUCUGUUCCCCGGGACCGCGCGCACCUCGUACUACGACCACGAGAGCACGUACGACGUCCAGGAUCCGGGACAGAGGCAUCAGCACGGCCAUCGUCAUCAGCAUGGUCGUCAUCAAGAAGCACCGGAAUUACCUGGCAGGCCAGGCGUGCUCGUGGUCGAGGCGUACGAUCCUCGUGCCGAUCCUGAAGACCGGCAAGAGGCUCGUGCUGGUACCGACGACGAGCAACGUUCUGUGUACAGGCAGAAAGAUACGGAUGAUCGAUCAAUGGAAGGACCUGGAAGCUUCUAUGAUCGCGGCUCUUCUUCUUCCUCUUCUUCUUCUUCUUCUUCUUCUUCUUCUUCUUCUUCUUUCUCCUCUUCUUCUUCUUCUUCUUCUUCUUCUUCUUCUUCUUCGUCCACAUUAUCCAAGCAUGAUCGUGCCACCAGCACAGUGCACCUGCAGCCAAGGCACUCCCAAAGCGAGCAUGAUGCGCACCUGCACCAUCAUCACCAUCACCAGCACCACCCUGCACCACCUGCACCACCGUCCGCCGCGACGUCGUCGUCCUCGUCUUCUUCGUCUUGGUCGUUGUCAUCGUCGUCGUCGUCGUGGUCGAGUUAUCCGCCAUCGGCUCGUCCAACGCCUACCGUGGACGAGACCAAACGAAUCGACAGGCCUGACUUUGUGCAGCCGAAGAAAUUCGCACCGAGGCCAACCUACGAACACCGGGCGAUCAUCGAUCGCGCCGACGACGACCUCGACGAUCUCGAGUUCAGGAUCGGCGCGCUGCCAGUCGACCGGCUCUUCGAUCUCCGACAGGCCUUCGAAGGGUUCGUCGACCAAGUGAAGGUCAUCUCACAUCCGGACAAUUCGACCAGCUUCGAGCUGAUCGAAUCGCAGCUGGAGAAUCCAUUAAUCGACGCCGAUCAUCAAGAUCUACUGGCGAUGAAGCAGAUUCCUGUGCUCGGUGGACAUCAUCACAAGUCGCAUCACAAGAGGAACCAGACGGACGAGCACGAUCAAACGUCCAUGGUGUUGCCGUCUGCCUCGUCAGAUUUGGACAAAAUCCAGCAACCAGUGAAGGUCGUGCUCUCCAGCACCUGUCACCACGCGUACACUGCCUGCAAAAAUGACCCCGAGUGCAGAGUGUUACUGGAACCGGUGCUGAACCACUGCGAUCCGAGCAGUUGCUCCAGGAACGAGUGCAUGGACGCUUUGCAGAACUUUUACAAGUCUGCUAAUCACAAGCACUCCGUGGAAAUCGCCUUCUGCCUGUGCAGGAAGACGGAUAACAGGAAGGACGAGUGCAUAGUGGCGCAGGAGAAGAUGCACCCUGCGUGCGCCCAACGUGUCGAGGGUGCAGAGAUGCCUCCCUGCCAUACCCUGGCUGAGACGUGCAAGGAAAACAGAAGUUGCAGAAUGAAGUUGGAAUAUUACGAACAAAGUUGUGCGGUGGAUAGUGUAACGAAAAAGUGCGCCGGACCAACCGCUGAAUGCAGAAAAGCGAUGCUGGGAAUUCUUGGGACGAAACUAAGAUCGAGCUGCGCCUGCAAGAGCACCGAACUUACCCAACUUUACGACUGUAUCGGCUGGCAGAGGCUUUUAUGGGUGAAUCCUUGCGUAGUCGAGUCCCAGAAGGAUUAUCACGCUCGUAGGAUACACCAUCAUUAUCCGAGGACCACAACGACGACCAUCUCGUCGACGACCAAGUCGCCAGUUAGCACGACGACGGUCAUCGUGGUCGAACAAGUGGAAGAUAAUCAAAUACCGGAAGUGACGAGGUGGCCGACCACCGAACCCACGGAAACUUGGGAAAUCACUACCACGAGCAGUACCACCAUAAGUACCACUCCAAGUACCACUACAAGUACCACCACCCCGCCUCGCUUCUGCGUGGUUCAAAGGCCGAGGCAAAGUCACCAAUACAUAAGGGAGGGCAAAGGCAAGAGGCUGUAUCGCGAGGACGAACCUGAAUGCUCGGAGCUGUGCCAGUGUGGCGAGGGUGAGGUUUUGAUCUGCAACACGAUCUGUGUGGAUUCGUCGCCGUGCAAGACGGACUUCGCCUUCUAUAAUCACGAGGCACCAGCGUAUCAGGCGCAUCGGGGACCCUGCCUUUGCUAUAGCGGUCGUUUCAUAUGCAUGCGGCCUUCGCCCGAUGCUUACUCAAUACCGCACGGAGUGUUCAUGUUCCUCGGCUACAGCGAAAAGGACGAGAGCUUAUUGAGACAGCACAAUAAUCUCACGGUCCUGGACGCGGUGUCGUCUCUCGAUAGUUUCAUGAGGGAAGAAGUUAACAAUCAGACGGUCUGCACCCUGUUCCUGUACAACGCGACCCGAGAAAACGUGAUUGCAGUGGCGCGUCUCGGGACUGACAAUCCACCCCUAAAUAGCAGCCAAGCUCAAAGUCUGCAGCACCUUCUGCGCGUCAAGGAGGAGUGCGCCUCGAUGUUACAGGAUCUCAGCGACAAGAUCAACAACAAGCACCACGAGGUGCACACGCACCCUUUGCUCUCGAUCUUCAAGAUGGCGGAGGUCGAGGUCAAGCUACCAUACAGCAACGAGGUCGGUGGUCUCUUGAGAUCGUCGAGUUUCCUACUCGUCGCAAUCCUUCCGCUGCUCAGUCUGCUUCGAUCGUCGUCGACGUGUCUGCUCGGCUCGUGACACGGGCCGCAGGUCACCGGCAUCGUCUGUCGAGAACCCUGCAACUUCUCGAACGCCUAGUAAACACAUACACCCACACGUACACGUACACACACACGCACUCGCGCUCAGGCACACGUACACAUACAGACGCGCGCAGGCACACACGAACUUCGCGAGCCAUCACGAGAUCGAACAUGUCUCGCGAGUAUUCUCUCGAACCGGCGAGAAUCUCACGGCCUCUGAAGGCACGGAUCAACGAACGACAGUCGAAGUCGCGGAUAAAACGAACGGGGCUCUAAUGUUCGUGCCUCGUGGAUCAAAGAUGUAGAGAAAAUAGAUCGUUACCGCGAUCGAGGAUCCCGUGCAGCCAAUGAAUACGAUGAUGGUACACCUCCGGGCAACGUCGACUUCUCUUGCCUGUUGAAAGGCAAAGAUACACUUAGAGUGGCGGAAAAGAGAGCUUUUCAUUUAUCUAUUAUUAGUCGUGGAAAACAUAGCGUAUAUGGAGCAGUCCCAUGUCUAACGUAGAAUGAUGAGAGGUACCUUAACCUAGGGUAGUUUACCUUGCCCACACGUGUACACUGUCACUGUUUAGUGAAGAGUGGAUAAAUCGAGGUAUAAUUUUAUUCUUUUUCAAGUAUUUUCUUCGCAAUUAACAUAUUCUGCUAUACAAGGCGUUAAAAAAUUCCCUGAAGACCUCUACACCGUUGGAUAGAUCACGAAAAAUCGAAGCGAAAAGUCCUGUAGCAUUUUUCGAUGGGAUCAGUAGUUUAGC